AUGGACGGCAAGAACUCCUCCGGCCGCCGAAUUUCUCUCUUGAACGACAGCGCAGAGCCUCAACUCCCCACCCGCCUACCUUCCUCCCCGCCAUCCCUGCGCUCAAGGACCUCCAGCUACACCUCGUCACCCAUCGCCUCGCCCGCCACCCCCCAGCUAGUGCGCAGUCAUUCGACAGAUUCGGCAGGCACCAUGCAAACACCUUCACCCAUCACGCCAGAAUUCGGCUUCGAUGGUCUCCCCCCUCAGAAUCUAAACUCUCCCGUUUUCCAGCAGAACAGCUUCUUCCCAACACAGAAGGAGCUGGUCUCGGCGUAUCCGCCCCUCUCCCAGAACACUGGCCCGCUUCCUUACCCCGCAAACAACCUCCAGCAGAACUACUUUAGACCACCACCGCCAGCCGAGAGCCACAACGGCGCCGCCUCUGCGAAUCCACGCUCCAAGAAGAACAGCUACCCGUGUCCAGUAGCAAAGCAGUACAACUGCGGCGACCACUUCACCACCUCAGGUCACGCUGCACGCCACGCCAAGAAGCACACGGGCAAGAAGGACGCCUUCUGCCCCGAGUGCAACAAGGCCUUUACCCGCAAAGACAACAUGGAGCAGCACCGCAGAACACACCAAAGCGGUCGCAGUGCCGCAGGCAAAGGCACCGACAACAACAUUAAAAAGGCCAAAGCCCAGGCGAAGCGACCGAAGCCCGCGCCUCUGCAGUCCACCUUGCCUUCAUUAUCCGGACUUUCCAUGAUGGAUCCGGCUCUCCCAAUCAGCCCCUCACAAAGCUUCAUGGCACCGGCAGUCCAACCCACAGACUCCUUUGCCGACUACACUCAACGAUCACCCUACCCCGACCCUUCCCAAUACGCGCUGGCCCACGGUUUCAACCCCGGCUCGUCGUACGGCCUGGACGCCUUGGCCAUUGCCGCAAGUGGAGAGAAGCGCAAGUACGAGGUCUAG